AUGGAGUCUGCACCAGCCACAACUGCUGCUCAGGUUUGCCUAACAUGCAAGCUACGGAAAAAGGGUUGCGACAAACUACUGCCGUGCUGCCUUCAAUGUCGCUACCUGCCGGUCGCUGUCACCCCUCCAUCUCCGGCCCCCACAGAUGUUGUCGUGGUACAGAGAUUGGGUGGUGGAGCAUGGUACCCGUCGCCGCCCAGCCCUCGCACCUUCGGCUCAGACUUUCGGUCUUCAUCCCAAACCAUCUGCGACCAAGUCUGUCAAACUAUUGGGGAGAUUGGUCAGCACGCUGAUGUGCUCGCACAUUGCUACUUCCGCGGUCUACACCUCUGGCUUCCAUUCCUAUCCCGGGAUACCCUCCAUCGAAGUCUCGUUCGAUUCCCUGCCUUUGGAGACGCCGACUUCUCGCUCCUGCUCUUAUGCGUAUGUCUGAUUGGAUACAUACCUGCGAGUGAAGCUGCUUUUCGCUUGGAUGAGCUUUACCAAAGAGCAAAAGCGGCGGCCGCUCUUCUGCAGCUCUACCCUGUGGCGUCUUUGAACUCGAUCCGGGCUUUCACUCUGCUUGCCAUCUACGAGUACUGUACGCAACGGGUCGACGAUGCUCUCACCACGCUCACUGUGGCGAUUCGAAUGUCUUACUCGAUCCAUCUCGAAGAGAAAGGCCAGAGGCACCCACGUGUACAUGAUGAACCUCGAACAGAUGUCGAUGUAUAUCAAUCGGAAGCUAACAAUCUGUGGUGGACUCUGGUUAUCUGUGAAAGGCUUUUGGUCCUAGAAACUUCUAACCCUUGGCAACCACUUCUUACACCGUUGCCAUCCGAAGUGCAUUCGUUGCCUUCCAGCUCAGCCACGCCCCCAAAAGUGACAAGUCGAGCAUCCAUCACCAGCUUCGACAGUGUCGAUGGAUCUGGCCGUGCAGCUCAAGCCGCCGUGUUGAUGGACAGGGUUCUUAAUUUCGUCGGAAACCUCGAUAGCAAUGCCGCCUUCUUGGGUCAGACCGUCUUAACCGACUUGACCUACAUCGAUGCUGAUAUUCAAUCUUUCUUGAGCUUAGUCUUGGAGCAGUGUCAUGGAGUCUGGGGACAAUUCUGCUGCUCAGUCGCGACUGCAAUGAAGUGA